AUGAACCACAAGAUGUUUGACCUAGAGCCAAACCCGUUCGAGCAAUCGUUUGCAAGCAAGGAAAAGCCGGACGGGCCCCAAGCCAAGCCACUCACGGCGCUUCUGACGUCGUCCCCUUCGCUCCUCACGCCUGGCGGCUCGCGCAAACUCCCGCCACUCGUCCUCUCACCGAAUUUGCAGCUGCACCCCAACGUGCCCGCCGGGGGCGCCAACCCGUGGCGCAAUUUCAAGACGGACUUCUCGCCAACCGGCUUGACACAGCCGAAGAACGGCCCGUCGUCGUACUUUUCCGCCAUGAACGGAACCCGUUCAGGGCUCACGCCAAAUGAGUCAAACUUGCGAACCGGUUUAACGCCAGGAGACAUGGGCGUGCAGUUACCGGGGAUUUCACACCCGCCGCUCAUAGCCUCAGCGAGCGGGCUCAUGACCCCUGGCUUACAGUCGCUUCUCGGGUCGCUUCCGUCGUUUACCCCUGGGGGCAACGCGACAAAUGCCACGGCUGGGAUGGGCAUGAUGGGCGCGGAGAUGAAGCCAGAGAUUCCUGUGGAGGUGAAGCAGGAGGGCGAGAAGCGCAAGCGCGAGGGCUCUGAGGAGACGGAAAAAGAGCGCAAAACCAGCGACGUGGAGAAGAAGCGCAAGAAAAAGAAGGUGAAGUCGCCGGAGGAAGCGAUCGACUACGACGAUGACGAGGCCACUAAGGGCUUCACGGAGGAGGAGAAGCGCAGACACUUCCUCGAGCGCAACCGGCUUGCGGCAUCCAAGUGCCGCGCGCGCAAGAAGGAGCACAUCACCAAGAUGACCCAGGAGUUAAAAUUCUACGCCACCGAGUGCUCCAACUUGACCCACCAGCUCAACAUGGUCCGCGAACAGGUUUUGAAUUUGCGCUCCGUGCUCUUCAACCACAAGCACUGCCCCGCAUUGGCCGAUUCCGUCGGCGGCGUUGACGGCUUAAAUGCGCUCCUCCAGGCGACAAACUACGCGGCGCAGUUGGUUUCAAACAAUCCGAUCGGCACGAACCUCGUUGCGAACGGGGUCCAGCCGCCGCCGCCAUCCGGGAUCGUCGAGGCGUCCGUGCCGACAGCCGUUAACGGCGGGAUCAUUCCAAGCAACAUUGCGCCGCUGGGCGGGUUGGGCGAUGCGGGUGAAGUCAAACCCACGAUCAACUCCAUGAUGCCGCCAAUGAUGAACGUGGAUAUGCCGCAGCAGCUUAUGGGGAUGAACGAGGUCGGGAGUGACAUGAUAGGCAUACAGAUGAUGCAGAGGUAG